CAAUGAUUGUGCUGCAGUCUCUUGGUAUGGGUUAUUGAUGAUAAGUCUUCUUAUAGCGAUUGAUACGUGCUUCAAUAUCUACUUAAUGUUGCAGGCUCAAGAUCCAAAGAUUGCCAUGAACUAUACUGCAUCAUGUUUCUGUAACAAUAGUCUCUUGCUCCUUUGCUACUACAGCGGUCAACGUAUUUCCAAUCAGAAUGAAAUACUGCGUAGAUGUUUAGCAGAUCUUCCAUGGACCAAUAAGCCACUAUGGUUCAAGCAGAGCAUGCUCAUAAUGAUGACAAGAGCUAAUGUUGACACUGAAAUCAAUCCAUAUGGAGUUUUCGUUCUCAACCUCAUGUCCUACACAGAUUUGAUGAAAGCUGCUUUCUCUUUUGGAAACAUUCUAUACAGAAGAAAAAAAUUGGACUCGAUGAAAACUUGAAUUUUU